CUCCAACUCGUGACUGUGGAUGUCAAAGUGACUGACUACUUUACCAACGUAGGGCUCGCGCGCGCGCGGUGAAAGUCUUGUGACAUGUUUUUAGCGCCGGAAAACGCGCCAAGCCACAGACACCUUCUUCCUAACGGUACACCAUCACUUGGCAAGCGACCCCAGCAAUCGAGCAGGCAUACCAUACGCAAGACAUUGACCCACGCAAGACGCAAGACGCAAGACGCAAGACGCAAGAAAAAGAAUGCGCUUCCAUUUCAGCGACAAGACAUUCGAUUUCGAGGCGCUUCGAGCUGCCAGCUACUCGCACAGCGGUGGAGGCGAUGUGGGCGAAGUGCUGGCCAUCUGUGGCAAGACCAAGGCCGCUGAAGAGAGGUGGAGGGAAGCGUUCGAACUGGCCGCUUUGCGCGCAGAAGCGCUGGCCAGGAGGAGCUUGAGCGCGCAAAACGACUUGGACGCCAAGCUGGCCUUUCUUCGAGCCAGCAACUAUGCGCGCACUGCCGAAUUCUUUUUGCGCGCCAAAUUGUCGCAAGGCUUGCAGGAUGCGGAUUCCGACAGGCUGCACAAUCAGAGCGUCGAUUGCUUCUUGAGCGCAAUGCAGCUGCUCGACAAGCGCUGCUACACGUACCGCAAGCUCGCCAUCCCUUACACCCACACCCACACCUGCACAUUGCCAGGCUACCUCAUCACCCACACAUCCAACGAUGAUGCCGCGACUGCGACUGCGACUGCGACUGCGACUGCAACUGCUAGACCCACCAUCAUCCUCAACGGAGGCUACGAUGGCACCAAGGAGGAAGCCUACCUAGCCCUCGGUCAUUCCGCUCUAGCCAGGGGCUACAACUUUCUCACCUUUGAGGGUCCAGGUCAAGGCGCUGCUCUGCGCAAGCUCGGCUUGACCUUUAGACCGGACUGGGAAGCCGUGGUGGAUAGCGUGCUGGAUCACGUGCACCAACUCGACUUGCCUCAGAUCGACACCGACCAGCUCGUGCUGUACGGCUGGUCCAUGGGCGGCUUUCUCGCUGCGCGCGCAGCCGCUUUCGAUGCGCAGCGACACGGUGGUCCUCGCAUCGCCGCCCUGAUCCUCAACGAUGGCGUGUACGAUUUCGGCAGCAGCUUCACCAAAAACGUCCCUUGGCCUGCCAACCGCAUCUUUCCCGAUCCUCGUUGGGAUCGUCUGUUCGAAUGGCUCGCUUGGCCAGCGGCCGCCUUUGAUACGGGCAUUCGUUGGGGUCAGCAAAACGGUUUGUGGACCUUGGGCGCAAAGAGCGCCUCGGAUCUGCUGCGCAAAAUUUCCCACUACCAUCUGCGCAACGGCUUGGCGGAGCUCAUCUCUCAUCCAACGCUCAUCCUAGAUGCGGAAGAUGAUCACUUUAUGAAGGGCCAGCCAGACGAACUGGCAAAGCGUCUCCUCUCCUCCAACAAGGCGAAUCCCGCCUCGAUGCUGGUGCAGAUGAAGAGGACUCACGGUGCAGGCGAGCACUGUCACUUUGGCGCCCUCGCACAUCACGAUCAAGUCAUCUUCGAUUGGCUGGCGCGCACGCUCAAGAAGCAGGCUUGA